AUGUUGCUAUACAACAAGCAGAAGAAGAAUGCUAAAGGAAACCGGAUCCUUAUCAGCGUAACCGUUCUCGGUAGCGCCGGUCCGAUCCGGUUCGUUGCUUACGAAGAAGAUUUAGUCGCUUCUGUUAUUGAUACUGCUCUCAAGUGUUACGCUCGUGAAGGUCGUCUUCCUCUUCUCGGAUCCGACUUCAAUGACUUUCUUCUUUACUGUCCCAUGGUUGGACCUGAAGCUUUGAGCGCGUGGAAUGCAAUUGGAUCGCUUGGUGCGAGGAACUUUACUCUGUGUAAGAAACCAGAGGAGAAGAAGGUUGUUGUUAAGGAAGGUAACGGAGCAAGGAAAGGAGGAAGCUUUAAAGCUUGGAUCAACAAGUCCUUCAGCCUCAAAGUCUCCACCCAUUAA